GGCAUGGAGCGCUCGCAGAGCCGCCUCAGCCUGUCCGCCUCCUUCGAGGCGCUCGCCAUCUACUUCCCGUGCAUGAACUCCUUCGACGACGAGGACGCGGGAGACAGCCGGAGGCUGAAGGGAGCCAUCCAACGGAGCACAGAGACGGGCCUGGCCGUGGAGAUGCCCAGCCGGACACUGCGGCAGGCCAGCCACGAGUCCAUCGAGGACAGCAUGAACAGCUACGGCUCGGAGGGCAACCUUAACUAUGGGGGAGUUUGCCUGGCAUCGGAUGCCCAGUUCAGUGACUUCCUGGGCAGCAUGGGGCCAGCACAGUUUGUGGGUCGCCAGACCCUGGCCACCACACCCAUGGGAGACGUGGAGAUCGGCUUGCAGGAGCGGAAUGGUCAGCUGGAAGUGGACAUCAUCCAGGCUCGGGGACUGACAGCCAAGCCAGGCUCCAAGACACUGCCAGCUGCCUACAUCAAGGCCUACCUGCUAGAGAACGGUGUUUGCAUUGCCAAGAAGAAGACCAAAGUUGCUCGCAAGUCUCUGGACCCCCUGUACAACCAGGUGCUGCUGUUUCCCGAGAGUCCACAGGGCAAAGUCCUGCAGGUGAUCGUGUGGGGAAACUAUGGGCGAAUGGAGCGGAAGCAGUUCAUGGGUGUGGCCAGAGUGCUGCUGGAGGAGCUGGACUUGACCACCCUGGCUGUGGGCUGGUACAAGCUCUUCCCCACCUCCUCCAUGGUGGACCCAGCCACAGGUCCCCUGCUGCGGCAGGCAUCGCAGUUGUCCCUUGAGAGCACUGUUGGGCCUUGUGGCGAGCGAUCUUAGUGCCAGGGAUGGGGAGGGGCUCCCCGAGAUGGCCUGGAGACCACCCGGCCCUGACCUGGGACCCCAGGCCCAGGGGCACAUUAAACAGAGGAGUACGGGGUUCUCCCCCAUAGUGGGGAAGCAGAAUGGGGAGACCUGCCCCCCUUGGGCCCCUCCUCACCUCUUCUUUGCCUCCUACCCCUUGAGACCUUCCCUCUCCCAACGGGUUGGCUGCACUUUUGACUUGGCCAAUUGUUAACUUGGUGGAUUGGCUGCACUAGAAGGACUGAGGUGGCAGAGCAAACCACCCACCUGCCCAAACACUGUCCCACCUGUCCCCAUUUUGCCUCCUCGGAAGCUUGCUGCCCGGAGCCAAGUCCAGAACCCAGCCGGCCAUCUCCAUGGUGCCAAUUACCAGCAAGUGUCUUUCCUGCGGCACCGGGUUCAGGCAGCUACUCCUGCCCCAGAGCUGAAGGGGCAGCUUUGCAAGGAUCCGGAGCCAGCUCCCAGGGGCUCAGAGACCCCCACUUGAAGAGGAGCUCGGGCCUCCCUCUGCCUGCCCAAGGAAGGAGCUUUGCCGCAGCCUGUCCGAGUUCAUCUAUCCAUCCCCUCCUGCCUGCCCCUCUUCUGGUGGCUCUAGGAAUUGGGGGCCAGCAGGGACCAAAGGAAAAGAGGAGGUACCUUGCUCCAUAGGACUGCAACAAGAUAGUUUGGGAACUGUUGUUGAAUUAGAAGGAACAUUGUCAUCUUUGUUUUGGUGGAAGAGCUAUAAGACCCUGAGUUUCCAGAACCCGGUGACCAGGGAAUUCACCAUCUCAGCAUUUGGAGGAUACUGAGGAAAGGGGAUGGGGAAACUGAGGAAAGCUGGGACUGCGACUGGUGAUGUUGAGGUGAGGGUUUCCCAAUAAGGGAACCCUUGCUUGUUAGAUGAGACCAAAGGUCAUCUUGUCUACUGCUCUGUCUGCAGGUUAGAGGUCAGAGGAAGCAGUAGAGCCACCCUAUUUUAGUGUUUUUAAAUAAACCAUCUUGUACUAAGGGUAGAACCCCCUGCCCAGCCUCAGUCACCUUGGCUCAAGGGAAGAAGGUGGUGGAAGGAGUGAAGAAUUAAAAGUAAAAAUUGGCCUGGGUAGCCACCUUCUCAGUGGCUUUCCCUGGGGCCUGUGGGAGCCCUGUGCAUGUGAGGGAGGAUGUAGGCUGGCCCCUCUUUAUAGAAAAGCACAUUUCUGCCACCUCCCCCUGGGAGGCAUCCAGCAGCCUGCCAGUCCUCUUCACCUAGUCCCUGCUGUGUAGGGUGUCGUCCAGGUUAGCUGGGUAGAGUUAGUAUUCACAUCCUGGGCCCUGUUCUUAGCUCAGAGUAGUCUUCACAGAGCCCGAGGCUGGAGAUGGGGAGGAGACCCAAGUACAUUCCAGGAGACCAUGUCUCCUUGCUGGCCUGGGCCUGGAUCAGCCAUCUGGUUCCCAGGAGGCCAGUACUCUUCCUCCUCCUCCUCCUCCUCCUCUUCCUCCCCCGUCUCCCCUCCCCCUCCCCUUUCAAACUCUCCCCUGUAGGGAUGUAGCUGGAUCUGUCCAUUAUACUCAACAUUCUGAUUUAUUAUCCUCGGCUCUGAUUUGCUGUAUGAGAGUCUCCUGAGGUUUGCUGGGCUUGGGUGGAAGGGCCUGGUUUCUUCACACUGAAGACCCCUGGGCUCUACUUGGUCCCACCUUGUUCCCAGUUCCACUAGGGUUUCCUUCCACCUGGAAGUCCUCCCGCUCCUUGGCCUGGUUAAGCCUUGGCUGCCCAUUACGGUUAAGUUCUGUCACUUCCGUGGAACUCUAGACAGUGCACCGGGAAGGAGAAAUGGAGAUGCCCCUCUCCUCCAGGUCUGCAGAGCUUCUCGGGACCAUGGAGGGGGAUCCUAAGACUGGGACAGUGUGGGAGGGCACAGGGCUCCACGUGGCCUAUCCAAGGCCCACAGUUGGCUCCUCUCCCCUGCUUCCCUGCGAUUUUAGCGGUGUGAUUUCUCUGCUGUUCAUUUAUUACUCGCUCUAUGGGAUGUUUGGAGCCAGCAGGAGAGUACCUUCUCUCUCCAGCUGUCUGUCACUGCUCUGCUUGUUCAGGGGUCACUUUUCAAAGUCGGGCAGAGCCUGGCUGUUCCAGCCGGAGGGGUAGGGGCUCAGCUCUGACUCAUCCUCCCAGCCAGAGCCCUCCCUCCACUGUCUGCUCGGGUUAGAGACAGAGGAGAGAUACAGAGAAAGGAGGAAGGGACAGGGAGAGGGAGAAGAGCGCGCUCCAAAGCAAUAACACCCUGGGGGUGGUCAGCAAGGCCCCCUCAUGACUUUCUUGUUUGUUCUGUGAAAUCUCGCUCACCUCCUGGAGGGGUGGGGUGGGGGCUAGAGCCCUGUGUAUCCAUAUCAUUGUGAGCAGUGCCCCCUAGAAGGGGCUGUGACCCUUGGGUGUGGGAACCACCAUCCGUCCUCACCAGGGAGGACAGCGGGGGAGGGGGAGUGUUUAUUUUCAUCAUUAGCUUUGGGGAAACUUCAGCCUGGGUGUCCCCUCUGCUGUCUGCUCUUUUGCCAACUCAGACUCCACCAUUUGGUGAGGAACAGAGUGGAGUUGGGGGCCUUUCUGGGGCUAGCGUCUUAGGAGUUUCUUUUUUCAGUCUCUGGGCAGGGAUGCCAUGGGAGGGCACCACCUCUGUUGUCCUUCUCCAAAAUGACUUUCCAUACUAAGGAAAGGCUUUUGGGACCUUGAGUCCAUUUCCAUUUAACAGAUGAGAAGACUGGGGCCCAAUACAGGAGGAGCCGCCCAGGGGUCACCUGUGUGUUCAUGGCUCCCCCAGCCUGGGUCUCCUCCUCCCUGGGGGAGCUGAGCUGGAGCCGAUGCAGACUGAAGGGGGCUGCCACCUCCCACUCUUUUUUCUUCUCUUUAAAGCCUCCCAGGGCCCCCAAAAUAUGGCCAGAGCGAGCUGUAUCCCAUCUGAGAGAUUAAGAAACAGGCCCAGCUGCAGACCCCUAGCAAAUGAGCAGUGGAGGCCGAGAUUGGGGCCCCACUGUGCUUCCUCCCUGUGCAGGAAAAUUGUUCCAGGACAGCUCAGCCAUGAUCAGCAGUUCUGCCUCUAAACCCUGGGCUAGAGUCCUACUUGGCUCUUGUGGGCCAGUGUCUUUUCUGGGCUUGGACUUGGAGACUGAGGCCUCUCUGUGUCUGCCCAGCUGACGGAGGCAGGUGGUGGAACCACUGAGCUAAGUCCCCAGCUAGGAGCGCAGGAUUUAAUCUUAGGUCUUAAUGAAGGGGUGGGGGCUCCCAUCCAGGGACGUAACCUUGCCUGGACCAGCUGGGGAGGAGUGCUGAUGCGUCCGCUCCUGCCUGGGCUGAGAAUGAGGAGGGGGAGCCAUAGCAAGCACCUGCACCUAGAGACAUCCUCACUGAGCUUCAGAUGCGCUGAGCCACGCUUUCCCUCAGUGCUGGCCACCUUGUUUCACAGUGCUUUCCCUGGGAGUGUGGCAUUUGAGCCUCAUAAGAGCUCGGGACAGUGGGUGGAGGGAGGCCUUUAUUUUCAAGAGGUGAGGCCAAGGUCCCGGAGGAGGAAGGUGCUUUUGAAAGUCCCACGUCAAGCGAGUGGCUCAGCCAGCACUAGCACUCACUUCUCCAGCAGUUCAGAGCUCUCUCCCACUCCGGGGGACUGUUAGGGGGUUUUGCACUUUACAGCGCUGAUGCACCAUCCAGCUUGCUAACCCUGGAGCUCUGGGCAUGCCUCGUGUUCAGAGAGCACUGAGCCACUCCCUCCAGAGACACAGCUGUUGUGUCAGGCCAGGUCACCUGCAUUUAUUUAUUGAGCAGCAGUGCUGUGCCAGACCCGGAGGACCGAGCCCCCUCCCUGCCCUGCUGUAUCAGCUCCCUCUGCCCUCUGGGAGGGCCCGUGAUUGCAGAGGCAGUAGCAGUCAAAGGCUGGAAAGCGUUCACAUCCACGAGCUCACAGAAAGCCCCUAGAGCAGGUGGCCCUGCCCAUUUUACUCAUAGUGGCCACCAGGGCAGAGGAGGCUGGAACUAGAGCACAGGUGUCAACUCAGCCCUUUCAUGCCCUGACUGCCUGCUGUGGGGUGGUGGGAGGGCAGAUCCCUGGCUCCUGGACCCGGGGUCCUCCUUCCGUCCACCCACUUUUCCCUUGUGCCCUCUCCCGGAGCAGGAGCCACUGGUCCUUUAGGGAGGGCGGGUUUCUGGGGCCCCUGGGUUGGAGUGGGUCACAUUGCAUUGUGUUCAUGACCAUGUAGCUCAUGUUGAAAAUUAAAGUUUUUGGCUUUUCUAA